CCCAACGGACCUGCAAGGUCGAUCGUCAUCGGACAAUGGCACAACCGGAGAUAAACAUCGAGUACGAUCACAUCAAAGGCGGUAGUGGACGACGAUAUGCGCAAUGGCAAAAUGCUUCUCCAACCCAACAUUCCGCGGCAACGGUUCCCUCACGAGAGACAAACAGGGGGCAAGCGCACAAGCUACAGCUAUCACCGCUGUAGCCCAAAGCUCGACACUCGAUGACAUCGGAAUCGCGAUGUUCACUGACGCAUCAUGGCCCCCUCCUUUCCUGCGUUUGCCGAUGGAGAUCAAGCUCAUGGUUUACCGGAAUGCCUGGACAGUCGACCCUGGAGAAGACAAGUACCUGCGGGCUUGUUAUCAGCAUGGUACUAUGUAUAAGUACCAUCUACUACACACAUAUUUGAAAAACCAGCGCAACCCGACUCCACCGACCACACCGCUGGACGGGAGAUCGACACAACCUAAACUCACCUUGCACUCACCCGUGGAAUCAUCCAUCAUGUCGGCUGAACGUACGCCACCGACAGAGAAAGAGCUGCACGCGAGGAUGAUCGAAGCCCUCAUUACCGCCCAGCACGAAGUGGGGCCAACUUGGCAACGUCAACCAUCGUUCAUCCGCACCGACAAGCCGAAAGGAAAGAACGCGGACAUCCUCCAUUGGGUUCCAUCUGCAAGGAAAUCCGGAGGGACGCCUACCAGGAGUACUUUUCCCGGAGUCAGUUCCAUAUCCAGUCUUGGCAUGAGUCUCACAGGAACUUAUCGUAGUCCGAAAAUCGCGAUGCUACGCCAAGCGUAGCAUUCGUAGCCGAUCCCACAUAAAUGGCCGGGCGGGCAUCCUGCUUCUCCAAAAUCAAAAGGUAGAUAGCCCACUCGCGUGGGCUAUAAUGAUGGAGAAUAGGGAGGCUUUUCAGCUCAUCUAUGAUCGGAGGAUUGCGGCGAGAA